UUGUCGUCAAUUUUUAAUUUAUUUCUGGAAUUAAAACUUUUCAUGUGGAACCCCGGAAGUAAGCCAGUUCCCCAGGAGUUCAUCGAUGUCCUUCUCGACAAAGAAGAAGAACUGGAUAUCGAUGAAGACCAUGGGGAACUGGUAGAAGAAUAUGAUGCAGAGGAGAUAUUUAACAUGCCGGUGUGCAUUGCGGAACCCGAUGGGUCUCUCUUUUACAUACCGGAAGAAGUGCAUGUACUUAAUAUUCCUGUGGGUACGGAGAAAGCCAGUGGGUCUCCGCAAUGCCCAACAGAAGAGGUGUCUGAAGAAGUACAUGUACUUAAUAUUCCUGUGGGUACGGAGAGAGCCGGUGGGUCUCCGCAAUGCCCAACAGAAGAGGUGUCUCGAGAAGUGCAUGUACUUGAUGUGCCUGCUCCAGAGCCUGCUCCAGAGGUGCCUGGAGAAGUGCAUGUACUUGAUGUGCCUGCUCCGCCUGCUCCAGAGGUGCCUGGAGAAGUGCAUGUACUUGACAAGGCGUCGUUCUUCUCGGAGCAAGUGUUCCCUGAAUAA